GAUGAAAGUUGAAUACUCACCGCGGAUAUAAAAAAAAACAUCUUCAAUUCAUCAGACUAGAAAUCUUGAACCAUCGAGUUUGAAUAGUGUUAUUUGGUUCAUGUGGACUUGGACCUGAGUGCUGGUGGCGUGCGACAUUCCCCAAUGGUGAACCGAAUCAAUCAACUGCUGCAAGCUCUAGACCCUGUAAUGUCCGAUAACGGAGGCAUCAAGUGCUCCGAGGAAAUAGUUCGAGUAGUCGCCCUCAUGCGAGACAUGAACAAAAUGGAGUCCCGCUGUAUUUACUUGAACUUGAUUCUAGCCACGAAAAACGAAGGGUUUUUGAAGAAGUUUGUUAACGCGGGAGGCUGGAAAAUUAUGAACCAAUGGCUUGCUGAUAUUACUUCCGAAGCCAGUUCGGAUAGCUUCGAGAAGAAUCCAGCUUUCGAUUCGAAUCUAUUCAUCGAAGAUGUCCUUAGAGCUUUGAAAACACUCCCUGUAAGUGUAGAUGUUCUGAAGCAAAAUGCGACCCCUAGAUUGGUCAAAAGUUUGUCAAAAGACUCUAAAAUGAGCAGCACUGUGCAGAAACUUGCAGGCCAGGUAGUCGAAUUAUGGAUGGAUGUAAUUAAGGCACAAAAUGCUCAUAAAAGUAAUUCAAGUGAUAAGCACCAUGACUCUCCCAGUAAGUCAAAGGAUCUUGACAGGAGUCCCCGUGAUUCUAAAACUGAUAAAAUGGAGAUCAAAAGUGAGCCUAAAUCUCCGAAAAGCGAAGGUAAAAAUACAGACAAACACCCAGCAAAAAUUGCAUCAAGUGUUGCACCAAAGCUUAAAAUUGAAGGCUCUGUGAGAAAGGAAAUUAACUUGUUUGAUAUUAAAGCAGCUCCGGGUAGUAAGCCUCAAAAAGCGAAGAAGAGGCCUUCUAAUGAGAGCAUUGAUGUCAAAAAGAUGAGCUCGGAAAAGUUUGCAACAAAAAGCGAAACAAGUAAAAUACCAGAUGCCAAAAAAGUAAAAUUACAGGAGCAUCUCAAAGUAGUCAAUCAGCCGUUUUCGCAAAGUAGUAAAAAUGUAGAUAUUUUGGGACAGAUUAAGCAAAGCAUGGAGAAAGGCAAAGCUGGUGUGAAAACUACGAUUAAUAAUCAAGAAACGGUGAAAAAAGAACCAGAAGUUGUUCAGAGCAAAAGUGAAGGUCAUAAAAGCACACAACCGAAUGCUUCGAAUGUUCCCAGUAAGCCGAAACCAGUCGUACGACAAAUAAGUCUCUGCGAUGACAUGUUUAAACCUGUCGAAGUCGCGCUUCCAUCGCCAGUGAAGAAAAAGAAGAAAAUUGUCAGUAGUUUAACAGCACCCCAAUCUAAAACUGUAAAGGUAGUCAAGAAAACAUCGGAGUCUAGCUCUGGAAAACCUUCUUCUCUGGAUUUGGCCGCCAGUAAUGCUGAAGUUAAAACUGAGUCUAGCGGAUCUAAUUCAGGAAAUGUUUCUCCAGGUGAAAAAUCAGAAAGUUCUGAAGUUCACAAAGGCGAUGAUGGAAAGAAACGAGUCAAAUGGAGAAUUGACGAGGAGUUAGUACUAGUUAAAAUUUAUGAGCUAGAUGACGAAGAAAGGGCAAUGAAAAGUAUGUUCGGCGAUCGAGAUUCGAAUGCUGUUGACAACAUGCGAGAUGCGGUCGACAUAACUAAGCGAGAGAUGCUUCUGGAGCGAAAAAUCAGACAGCAACAAAACUAUUCGGCAUCGUCGACAGUCGGCGGAGUGAACAGCGUGGAGCCAACUUCGUAUGCAAGUGUCGAUAAAGUGACGUGGAAAUUGAUCGGUCUAGAUCUUCAUGAAGAAGUGAACAAACCUAGAGGUCAUCUUAGUAAAGAAAGGGAAGUCCAGAUCGCUCGUGAACAACAAAUUCUGCCAGAAGUCUACCCGAAUUUGUUGACCAUACCUUCUUCCCCAAGAGAACCCGAAUUGAUUGAGAGUUACAGACCUAAUCAGGAUCCGGUGGUAAUACCGUACGAUGAUAUCGAGCCGCAAGGAAUGGAAAUAGACUCAGGCGCUGAAGAAGAAGACCCUGUGAUCUCAAACUCUAAUCCAAAUUUGGGUCAAUUAGCCAAUCAUCAUGACUUGAAUCAACCCAACUUAGCAGUAGGUGGUCUUAUUCCGCCGGUCCAGACUAAUCAAAUGGCUGGUAACCUACCCGGUAUGCAAUCAAUAAUUAAUCCAUCAAUUUUGGGUGCUGCAUCGUUGCAAAUGAAAGUUGACCCUUUGAAUCCAUUGCAGCAGAAGAACGCCUUAUCUGCACCGCCAUUUCCUGGAAAUUUAAAUAUCAACGUCAAUGUACCAAUUACCUCCCAAACUCCUCAAGUGAUUGUUAAUCCAAUUGGUGUCACCCAAAAUGCUAUGAUUCAGCAGCGUGGGAACCAAUUUAUAUCUCCUGUAUCUGGUUUUCCCCCUGUGAACAACUCUGUUAUAUCACCUCCACCUGGUAUCAACAUGCCUCCAGGUUUCAUGCAGCCCCCAAAUCAGAAAACCCCAAACUUGUUUACCCCGCCGCCUUUCGGUCAACCGCCUUUUCCAAAUCAACCAUUCCAGGCAAACAGUUUCCCGCCGAACUCCGGAUCAAUAGGUCAACGAGGAGCCUCCUAUGAUAACGGACAAAAUGGAAACCAUAACAACGGAUUUGGAAAUCAAUUUUUCCCGCCAUCGCUUAGCAAUCAAAAUGAUCCGAAUUUUCAUCAAAACCAGCGAAAUAAUUUCAACGCGCGAAACCAAAACAACACAGCGACGAUGCUUUGCAAGUAUUUUGCACAAGGAAAAUGUCAUCACGGAAAAACAUGUCGAUUUAGUCACGACAAGAAAACCGCGAGCAAAUUUCCUACCGCUCCCAACGAGUCAACGAGAGACAGAAAUAGACCUUAUAUAGCUGACUCGAGAAAACAAACCGACAGCCGAAAAGAUUCCGGUCGGAAAAAAGACAACGACCCUAGACGAAGUAGCGAUAGCCGGAGAGAUUCGGAUUACAGACGAGACUCGCCAAAGAGAGAUCGGCAUCGCGACUCGGAGCGAAACCGAGAUCAUCGCAAGGACGAAAAGCGCGACUCCCGGAGCAGUGAAAGGAAAAGAAGUACUUCCCCUAAAGAUAGUCCCAAGUCCAAAACUCGACACGAUUGAGAAGCUCUCGAAUAAAACUAGUUUUAAAUGAAAACUAAAAGCUGUGACGAUAUUUCAAUUUCAGUGUUAAUAUAUGAUUCUAUUAGAUUACUCCCUGUUUCAA